AUGGCCCGCACCUAUUUGAAGACGAGGAAGACUAUCUUGAUAUGCCAGUGGUGGAUGACGAUGAAGAUGAGGAAGUUGAGGGCGAAGGUGGUGUGGCUGAACAAGAAGCAGAUUGGGAACCUCCUAUUCGAAGAGCUGAAGAACCGGAGAUCAACAGUGAACAAUCAGAAUAUUCCCAUGGAUGAAGAUGAAGGCAAUGCUGACGUUGUUCGCCAACGCACUCAUCGUCAUGAGGCCGAACUUCCUCUGCACCAUCACCAUGGCCCAUAUAUUGCAAGCUUUCCACUUCGCAGCGCUGGAGCCAUAAUUGAGGAUGCGGGCGAAUUUGAAUCUGACCAAAACGGAUAUCAGUCAUAUGGUGAUAAGAUGAGUCAAGGUGGUAGCUGUGUUUGGGCGCCAUUCAUCUCACAUAUUGAUUAUGAAGUUGCCCGAUGGGCAAAGCUGAGGGGGCAAGGCUCCACUGCUUUCACAGAUCUGCUUGCCAUUGAGGGGGUUUGCGAACGGCUCGGCCUCUCUUACCGAAAUUCCCGCAAGCUAAACAAGAUUAUCGACAACCAAAUUCCUGCCCGGUGGCCUCAUUUUAAGCGCCAGGAAAUUUUGAUGGCAGGCGAAGCCUUCAAUGCAUACUUUCGGGAUAUCCUGCAAUGCGUCAAGUCACUGUUUGGAGAUCCAGAACUUGCACCUUACCUGGUUUUCGCCCCUGAACGACACUAUUCCGAUGAGGACCAGACUCAGAGGUUAUAUCACGACAUGCAUACAGGCAAUUGGUGGUGGCGUACUCAGAAACGACUUGAGAACGAAAAACCCGGUGCAACUAUAAUACCCAUCCUGCUUUCAUCGAACAAAACUCAAGUCACCAUGUUUCGAAACAAAGCAGCAUACCCGAUUUAUAUGACUAUUGGAAACCUCCCCAAAGAAAUACUUGUUGGUUACCUUCCCACGACCAAGCUCGAGCAUAUCACAAACAAAACAGCAAGGCGGCGUUGUCUUGCUAAUCUGUUCCACGCAUGUGUGCAUCAUAUUGUUGAGCUGUUGGUUGAGCCAGGAAAGGAUGGGAUGCUGAUAGCCAGUGGUGAUGGAGUCCUCCGUCGCGGUCAUCCUCUGGUGGCCUGUUAUAUUGGAGAUUAUCCCGAGCAAUUAUUGGUGACUGGGAUGAAGACCGGAGAGUGUCCGAAAUGUGACAUACCUUCUAGCGAGCUUGGCAGCAAAGACCUACCUUUUGAGCUGCGUGAUUUGGAUCGAAUCUUAGAUGCGCUUGCCCUUGUCGAUGAAGACCCGAAUCAAUUUGCAAAGGCUUGUCAUGAUGCAGGCCUGGUCAAACACCUUAUCGCUUGGAUUAAAUCAGCUUUCGGUGAGGCAGAAAUUGACGUGUGGUGCAAACGUUUGCCUCCAAACCACAACAUCCGCCUAUUUAUGAAAGGCAUCUCGAUUCUGUCACUUAUUCGUGCAGUUCGAGGCCUCCUCGACUACUUAUAUCUGGCACGGUACCCAUGUCAUUCGAAUGUAACAUUAGAGCUUCUGAGUGGGGCACUCGACCGAUUUCACGAUAACAAAUCUAUCUUCGUGGACCUGGGUAUCAGAUCAUCGUUCAACCUCCCUAAGCUCCAUUCUCUCCGACACUACGUCAUGAUGAUUCGAAUGUUCGGAACCACCGACAAUUAUAACACAGAAUAUACAGAACGACUUCACAUUGAUCUAGCGAAGGACGCAUAUUGUGUGACAAAUCACAAGGACGAGUACAUGCAAAUCACACUGUGGCUCGAGCGACGAGAGAAAAUGCUGUGGCACAAUAAAUUUAUUCAAUGGCGUCUACACCAUGGCACCGGAACCGAGGCACCAGAUCAUGUCCCUCAAUUACAUCAAUUACAUCACCCCCUACCCCACUCCGACCUCGUAUAUCUGCAACAAUCCAAGCUAGCGAAGCACCCGUCUGUUAAACGGGUGACAUUUGCAUCCCUUGCUGAUCAGUAUGGUGCAAUACAUUUUCAAGCCGCCAUGGCUCGCUUCGUGGUGCAAGUUAUGCAGCCCGAUUUGACUGCAAGGCAGUCUGAAGAUGCUGCCUGCCAUGUCAAUCUCCCAUUCCAGUCGGUUGCGGUUUACCACAAGGUCCGGAAAGUUCCAGCAAGGUUUGAUACCGCACUUGUAAAUCUGGGCAAUGGUGGCAAAUUGGGUGUGGAAGGUGAUUGUCUUGAUGAUAUCGUGUCGCACAAGUUCGCGUGGUCUUCUCACUGUCGGCCAGUGUCAAAUGUGCUCUAUUUUGCAAUGUCAAUGUGCCUGAUCACUUCGCAUAUGUUGAAUGGUUCUCACCAGUUCACCACACCAGACAUUAACCAUGGGAUGUAUAAAGUUUCGCGUGCCCUGUAUGAUGGAGACAGGCAAUCCAGCAUUAUCCCUAUUCAGCAAUAUUCGACGCUCCGUACACUUAAUACCCAAAUUUGGGGCAGUGGCUCCACCUUCACUGACCAAAAUGCAUAUGAUUCCAUUGCCGAGAAAGAGAAUUCAAUUCCUGGGAAGCGCCCACGCUCGCCUUCCCUGGAUUUUGGAGAACAUAAGACAGCAAAUGGGAUCUCACCCAUCAAAAAAUUUGCAUUACCGGAAUUUGGCAUCAGCGCUACCCCUGGGCCGGAAAUAGUACAGGCUGAAACUCCUGUCCCGGAAACUCCUGUCCCGCCAUACCGUCAGACUCCAGCCCCUCUAACAGUCUCUCAGAAUUACAUGUGUAAACUCGUGGCAGAUCGUUGGGAUGCCGAAAUCAAACGGUGCGAGGAGGCGAGAAAGGCUCAUUUGUUGGAGGUCCAACUCGCUGCUCAUGUACUGCCAGUACCAAAUAACUUUCCCCAACUGUAG